AUGUUCACAAGGGAGACAAGUGACUGUGAGAGACUGUAUAGUUUAGACGUCUUGGGAGUCGAGGACAGAGGAGACACCAACAGUGAAAUUCUGAAUGAGUUUACGGAGAACCUUACGAGAAAGGAGGACGGGGGUAUGAGGUCAGUUUUCCAUGGCUUUCAGGGAAAAGACUGUCGGAUACAAACGAACAGUAGAGUAGGAAACGGUUACAGAAUGUCGAUAGAAAAUUAGAUAAAACCCCUGAACUAAAGCGAGAGUACAACAACAACAUAAGCGAACAGUUAAGCCAAGGGGUAGUGGAAGUAGCCCCAGACACCCACUGGGGACCGGGUUUACUACAUGCCGCACAAACCGGUUGUGCGCCAGAAUGCUACCACAACAAAAGUACGAAUGGUCUUCGAUGCGAGUGCAAAACCUAAUGCAUCAGCUGAGAGCAUAAACGAUUGCAUAUAUACUGGCCCUCCGUUGCAACCACAUUUGUGGGACAUACUAGUACGAGCACGGUUAAUUAGAAUCUUAUAUUAGCAGACAUCCAGAAAGCUUUUCUUCAGAUUGAAGUGAAGGAAGAAGAUCGUGAUUCUUUCAGAUUCCUAUGCAACGUAAAUGGCAUGGAGAAACACCUACGUUUCACACGUGUGCCGUUCGGAGCGGAGGCAACAUUGCAACACCACCUCGGAAACCAACCCCCUGAAUAUCAAGAUAUCGUCGACGCGUUGAAGAAAAAUACCUAUGUGGACAAUUUAAUGUACGGUGGCGAGGAUCUGAGUAGCUUGGUGAAAUUCAAAGACGAAAGCAGCAGGAUCUUGGAAAGUGGUAAAUUUCCCGUCCACAAAUGGGAAAGUAAUGUCGAGUCCUUAGAAAGCAAUGACAUGCCAAACCUUACUAAAUUCUUGGAACAUAUGUGGGACAAACGGGAGGAAACCCUCGAGAUAACAGUUCCUGAUUACCCAGAAGGUGAUCCAGUGACCAAACGAAGCAUCCUUAGUCAUUUAGGAAGCAUAUAUGAUCCACUUGGGAUAAUCUCUCCUACCCUAGCUGAGGGGAAACGAAUCUAUCGCAAUGUGUGUGACGAGAAGAAAUGUUGGAAUGCGGAAGUUUCUCCUCAAUCGAAAUACCAAUGGUUGAAGUGGACUAAGCAGUUGAGGAAUGCUAAGGUGCCUCGAAGUAUUAAUAAGAGUAUCAAGAGAAUGAAAGCAGUUCACCCUCACGUCUUUGCGGAUGCAAGUACUUUUGCUUGUUGUUCAGUAGCUAUCGCUGUUGUGGAGAGUAAUACGGGCGUUGUCAAAGGCCUCCUAGCUUCGAAGUCGCGAAUAUCAAAACGGGACACGUCAAUUCCGAGGCUCGAGCUUGUCAGUGGUCAUAUGGCCGCAAACAUUGUAAGAAACCUGUGCAACGCUUUACGCGGAUGGCCUAUCAAGCAUAGAGAUUAUAAAUAACACUAGAGGGGGCAUCGAGGUUAAAAAUUGGGAACGCAGCUAAUGGGGGGCAAAUUCAAGUCCUGGGUAUAAAAUCGUGCUUUGAUUGGCUGAUUUAAAACUCGUCACCAAUGGAAACAGGAAUACAUAUCCGGGACUUAAAUUUGCCCCCCAAUUGCCGCGUUCCCUUUUUUUGACUGAAUUAAGAUUACAAUGCCUCCUCUAGUGUUAUUUAUAAUCUCUAUGCUAUCAAGUCCGUGAUCAUAUGGAUGGAUAGUCUUGUUGCAUUCUUUUGGAUAAACAAUCCGGGCAAAGCUUGGGAGGUGUUCGUAGCCAACAUAGUCAAGCAAAUGGCGGAGAUAACCGACGAAGUGAACAUUGUGUGGAAAUACUGUCCGACAAAGAUGAACCUUGCAGAUUUAGGAAGCAGGGGUGCAAGCAUUGAUAAGCUCGAGGGCCAAGAGUGGUUUGCAGGACCAAACUGGCUCCUCAGCGAGGACGAGUGGCCUGAACAACCCGAACUAAAGAAGAACAGAGAAACACAUGGUGAGUACAAAACUACUGAACCAAUCUUCUACUGUAAUGAGCAAGAAACCGAUGAAUGGGAUGAUCUACUCGAUCGAAGUUCAUAUUGGCGAACUUUACGGCCAGGAUUUUACGCUUUGUAAAUAACUGUCGUUCUAAAGCAAGGAGAGACAAACGAAGAAAUGGUCCACUAAAUACGGACGAAAUCACGAGUGCCAGAAAUAAAUGGGUGAGGAGAGUGCAGCAGAAAGAUCGGCCAGAUAUCCAGUCGCCGGGAUGGAGGUUGGUAGAAGAGCGUGACACCGGGGUACUCAAAUGCGAAGGACGAGUAACGAAUUAUCAGCCAAUAUAUCUUGGGAGAGGAGCGUUUGAGGACAAGCUUAUUUCUCAUGUCCACAUGAAUCAGAUCAUGCAUCUCGGUGUUUCAAACACAAUGACGACUCUUCGAGAACGUGGUGGAUUCCAAGGUUACGUGAGAAAGUGAAGAAAGUCAUCAACAAGUGUAACGUUUGCAAAUUAUAUUCGGCAAAUCCGCUUGAAGCCCCAAUCACAACGGAAGGUGACCGACCAUUUGAAGUGACCGGCGUGGACUUCGCAGGACCGCUGCACUAUAAAGUUACUAAGAAAGAUGACGGAAAAUGCUAUGUCUUAAUAUUUACGUGCGCAGCCUCAAGAGCGGUUCAUUUGGAAGUAACGAAAGAUCAAACGGCUACAGAAUUUCAGAGGAAACUCGAUGCUUUCAUUACCUGUAGAACGAGACCGCGUAUGAUAAUAUCGGACAACGUCACAACGCGCAAACUUUCAAAGUUACAGCUGAUUGGGUGAAGAUUAUAAGGAAGAGCGAGAAAAUGCAGAACUUUCUUGCAAACGAAGGAAUCAGGUGGCAAUUCAAUCUUGCGAAAUCCCCAUGGUGGGGAGGUUUCUACGAAAUGCUUAUUAAGGAAGUCAAGAAAACUUUAUAUAAAACGCUGGGGAAAUCUCACUUGUCAUUCGAGGGCAUGGAGCAAGUGGUAAUGGAUAUUGAGAAGAAUUUGAAUAAUCGGCCAUUGACGUACGUGGAGGGCGAGACAGAGUUGAAGUUGCUAACGCCAAAUGUUAUUAUGUGGGGAGGAAAUGCAUAUCCACUCGAGGAACUGGAAACAGACACGGACGAGUUGACAUCGAUGAACAGGCGGCUGAUUAACGCAAGACAACACGCAUGGCAACGCUGGAAAAGGGAGUAUAUGCACGCUUUAAUGGAACACAUCGUACAAAAAUAGGUACGCAUUGCGUACAUGUGGUUAGCCUAUAGGAUUGGCAAUUGUUAUAGCGUCAUAUAGCUGAUUUCGUUCAAUAUAAUGAACGAAAUAUCUUGGUUGAUUUUUCAACCAUUGAACCAUAAAAUGUUUAUUCUUUGUCGUAUGAAAUCAAAUACCGUAUAACAUAGCCAUAAUACAGCAACCUUUUUAACAAACCAGAAAGUAUUAAAUUAACUCUACUAUUUCGUUGUAAACGGCUAAAAUAACAUUUUAAAACUUUUUCUCGCUCAGUCACAAACAUCGUAGGUCGCUAAAAGCUGCCAACAUUUAAGAGAGCUUGUCUGUAAAAAUCGCAAUAAUUCACCAUUUUUUGGCAGAUAUGAAAAACUGAAAGUUCUUCAAUUUCCCUCGAUUUUAUAUAUAUUGUAGACCUAUCCAACCCCACAUAUUUACUGAAGUUUCAGCCAUGAAACACAAAAUGAAGAAAAGUUAGAGUACUUCAAAAAUCGAACCAAAAAUGACGCGAAAUGUCCAAGAAAUGUCGCUAAAUAAAGCAGUAAACAUCAUGUGCUGUGCUGAGCGCGCAUUAUAAAUUUUGGUCUGCUGUUCCAAUAUAUGUUUUUAGAAUAUAUGGAACUUUCUUGUGAUAUCUUUUCUCCAUAAAUCGAAAUGUUAUUGACUUGGUUAUUUUAGAUCAAAGAUGGUUGAAAUUUCCGGGUUCUCCAAACUAGCCAAAGUACGUCUUGGAAAUCGCCUAUUUAAAAAUGGUCCUACUUUCUUUUUAAAGGUACAUAUGCAUAAUUUGUUAGGGCUAGGAUGUAGUCAUUCGACGACGAUUUCAGAUGUUUGGGAUUCUUUUGUGUCUUGGCGAAAUUUGAUCUUAAACAUGUACAAUAUUAGCGUAAUUGCGUGCUUGUAUUUUAUUAACCGGCGCGUUCACGAUUCCAAUAUCUUAAUAAUAAUAAUAAUAAUAAUAAUAAAACUUUAUUUAAUGAGGGAUUACAUUGAUUACUUAAUAUAGUAUUCUUUCCAAUGGCCCUCGAUAUCUAAUAGUAAUAUAUAAAAAGAAAAUCCUAUUGAGAGUAACAUUGACAAUGAGUAAUAUGCUUACAAUCGAUGCAGCGGAAUUUAUUAACGUGAUCUACUUCAUAAUUCAAUUGAAUAAAGUAGGUUUUGAGCUUCUUUUUAUAAGAAUAAAUUGAGUGAUUUUCAAUAUCUUUUAAUUCGGAAGGUAGAGAAUUAAAUAAACUUGCACCACUGAAGGAAAUUUUGGAUUUUGCUUGCGUAGUCUUAACUGAUGGAACUUUUAAGUCUGUAAUAGACGAUCUAGUUGGAAUUGGAUGA